AGCAGAUCUCAGUACGGCGUCACUGUUGGUGGCCCUCAAAUCCUCCAACAUUAUCAACAACAACAAUAACUUUUUAUUAGAUCAACUGUUACUGUAAUCUGGAAAACUGACAUUGGCUACAUGCAACAUUUACUCAGUUAGCCAUACUAGGUUUUUCAAAAUGGUUCUUGAACCAGUAACCAGCAGCAAAGCUGGUACCAUUCGCUCACUGCUAAUACGAGCUUGGCGGGAACGCUGGUCGGAUCUGCAGUGGGGAAUUCAUAUCAAAACUGUGUUACCAAGAGCUGUGAGUGGUGACAUCUACCACUUAGCCGAUUACAUUUUGCAACAGGCUCUCAUGGGACCCCUGCCAAAUAAUCUCAUUCUCUCCUACCUCAGACAUUCACUCAGUUCUCAGAUUGUGUCAUAUGGAGGAGUGAUUGAGAGUAUCAGCAAGUAUGAUGGCCUGCACAAGCCCCACUGUGUACAUGCUCUUCUUAUCUUGAUGCAAUCUAUGAUGAAAAGUGUGUCAUGCAGGGGAAAGCCAGAGGAUUGUUUGAUGUUAGCUACAUCUGUUGUUGGAGGUGUCAAGUGGCUAGUGCAGGUGAUGGGUUGGACUACUCAGCAGCUACUAGAUCUGCGCAAUGCUCCAGAGCACUCUACCAACCUUAGCCUGGCAGCUUCCAUUAUGGUGGACAUCUUAAACUGUCCCUUCCUCACAUGCAUGCUUGAAAUUGGCCGCCGAGAAGAGCCAACCACUUGGGGGAGCUGCAUGAAAAAAAUGGUAGAGGUAGAGACACUCUUGGCAGGUGCUGGUGCCAUUGUUGAAACCAAGGACAUCCUUAUUAAAACUGUUUGCCAGCUGCGUGACUAUCAGCCCUUGGAUAGCAUUACCAACAAGCACACCUUUGACAGCAGAACCAAUCCUUUGUGUCAUGCUAUGCAUAGUCUUGUAAUGCUGGAAGUAAUGACUCACACCACUCGUGAUGCUUCAACAUUUGCCCACCAGUUGCUGCUCCUUCAGCAACUCCAGGGACUGAGCACGAAGGAGCUUUAUCUGGAACUACUGAAGAAUAGUUUUCUUGGUUUAAGUUGCCCAGAAUUCCAUCCCUAUCAGGAGCUCAAAUGGGUCGGCUUCACAUUCAUAAAAGUUCCCACCAUCUUGUACACUAUUCAUGUUAUUCUCAGUGGGGAAGCCACCGGUGGAGAAUCUGAAGACUUGUUAACAGCUGUGCAAAAUUUGUCUCAGCUGACACUACUUUUGGACCAAGUGGACUCACGUAUCAAUUGCAACUGUUUGGAGUACCUACUGAAUGAGCUUGUUAAUAAAACAAAUCUCAUUUCAGAAAGAGAUGCUCAAGCUAUCAUAGCAGUGAGAGUUCAAGAAUCAAAUGUCCUUGCCAACAUCCAAAACAGUGAUGCCCAAGGCUCUCAUCCAGGAAGUCCAAAUCUCAUCCUCCGUGCACAGCCCACUGUCACCAGCAUAUUGAAGACACUCAGUAAUAAGAAUCAGGAUUCAGUGUUGCCUGUUAUGAAUCUUCUUAUCAGCGGGAAGAGUAGGGACUUACUAUUGGCAGCAGCUGCAGCCUCAGGCAGCUUACACAUAUUUGCACAGAAAUUUGUUAAAUUUAAUGAGCUAAGUAUGGAUCCCCAGCCUGGUGAGAGUACUAAAAUGGCCAUAAACCGUGCACUUAUGUUUGAUAUCUCCUUUCUUCUGCUGUGCCACAUUGUGCAGCUAUAUGGCAUUGAUGUUGUGGUAUCAGAAAAGUGUGAGACGUUUGUGGAGCAAUGGAUGAAGGAAAAUAUGCCAGAACUAGGUCGUGUCAAAGCUCCAUUGAUGUCUAUUCGCACUGACCAAAAUGCAGUAGAAGAAUUCAUUAGAGAAGUCAAUAUUUCAGAGCUGGAUAUGAAGUACAAUAUGGUCAGAUGGAGCGAUGUAUGCCAGGUAGCAGCCGUAGCACUGAGAGAAGUGGUGAGUGCAGCGCAGCAAGGAGCACUUCCCAUCCAGCAUGUUAAGGAACUGCUGGACCGACUACGCUACCAUCUAUGUUGUCUACCUAUUUGUGUGGCCACAUGGCUGUGUUCCCAUGUUCAGGUUGUGGAUGCAGAACAAGCUAUUGAGCCCCUUAGUUUUCUGCAUUACUUGCAGACCUCUCUUAGUGACCAUGAUCCUUCUAUACCCACCCUUGACAACUUUAAAGACAGGUCAACUCUGAUGGUGCAAAUUGUGGAGAAUAUGGUUCAGGUGAUGAAAGGGGGAGUCUAUUCAUCAUCAAACUCUCCAAACAGUAAUAGAAGUGGAAAUGCUAGUCCAGGAGAGGCUAAAUCAGUGUCUCUCUUGUCCUCCCAAGAGCCACUCUCUCACCUUCUAAGAGAAACAUGGAACCAGGUAUUCCCCAGUGGCAUCAUUACCCACCAGGCUUUGGCCACUUUCAGGGAUCUUCUCCGGCUAGGUGGAACUCGAUGGUUUGUUUGUGAUCUCAUGAAAGUUGGCAUGCACAGUGUGUUUCAUUCUGAUCUGACACGAGGCAUGGAUUUAAUAUAUGGUCUUCUACAUCAAGAUGUAGUGGGUUGUACACUAAGCUUACUUGUACACGCUCUUCCCCUGUACAUAUCUGGACCUUGCUCAGGAGAGUUAAUAAGCAAGCAACGAACAGAGGCUUUGGCUCGCCUGACUGUUAUGAUGAUCAUAUCUGCUUGGUUAGCAGUCCAGCAAGCCCCUGUCAAAUCCGAGCCAGGAGCAUCAGUGAACUUGGUAGUGGGAGGUGUAAGUAACAUAAGCAGAAAAAGAACUUACCAUGACCGAGAAUUACAAGACUUGGAGACUAACCUUCAACUGCACUCGGUGGACUUGGCUAUUGCUAGAGGCACACCUGGAUUGACCAAAGAUGGAACCUCUCUCUUGGUUGCUGUCCAAUCACUACUCAUGCUCAUGACACAGGUUAGCCGUGCUGGAGUGGUGAGUCCUGUAUCCCAACUGGUGGUAAACAUUUUGCACGAGUUGAUUGCUGCUCCAUACAGCCACACUCUUCUUACUCUCACUCCGCCAGCACUUCUUCCAAACUUAGUGCCACUUCUGUCCCCACCAGAUGCAUUCACUUACGCAGAACUCUUAGCUAUCACUGCACCCAAGCCUCCUUCUCAACCUGAUACUGCCAGAGAAUUUGUGGGCAACUUUGUAGGUGCUCAGACUCCAGCUCAAGCAGCUGGAGCAAGGAGAGCAGCAGCAAAGCUCUUGUGUGUGCAGCAUAAUUUAACCCUAGCCAAUGAAUCUGCCUUAGAACUUGUGAUAUAAGUAAGUUGAAUCAUAUCACAGAACAGGAGGGGCUUGAAUCCAUGGCAAGUGAAUCCAUAAUUUGUUUGCAAUUGUGUUAUUACUAUUUCAAGAGUCGCGAUAUAAGUAAGUUGUCUGAACACUGAUAUAUCAUCUGUUUAUCUCUCCUCCAAACUCAAAUGCUAGUUUUAUAAUACAUUACCAUACACAGUCAUAACCCGCUUUAUGCCAUUUCGACCUGCAUCAGAUUCUCAAUUAUGCCACUUUUCUAUAGUAAAUUUCAGUUCAGUGAAUCUCAUUACAUCUGACUUUACUCCACUCUGCAAUGUCACCUGCAUCAUAAUUUUUUUUAAUUGUGCUCAUUAUUCUUUAACCCUUUCAGGGUUUCGGCCGUACUAGUACGGCUUACGCACCAGGG